UUAUUAUUAUAGUAUUUUAUGAGUUUCAGAUGGGGCAUUUUGGGUCAUGAUGAAAAUUUGAUGAGCAGUUUAUGAAUUUUACAAUGAAAAAUCUCAUCACUGUACUUAGUUGAAAGUCAUUCAUAAUCAUAGAUCCCUAGAUGAAUCAUUUUGACAAUAAACAUGUAAUACAUGUGAUUUUUUUUUUUUCUUUCUUGGCAUUGAAUGAGUUACAAUUAUCCAUCCAUGAUAUUAUACUUGCUAUUAGUACUGAAGCUGGGGAAAAAUGGACCAAAUAUCUGGUUUGCCGGAAGCUAUACUUCAUGACAUUCUCGCAAGGCUUCCGGACAGAGAUUCUGCCAGGACUAGUGUUUUAUCAAAGGCUUGGAGAGAAUCAUGGUCUACGUUUCCGAUAUUGUCUAUUUGCAGCGAUCAACAUUUUAAGAGUCAAGAUGUAACGGUAGACAAUUAUCAUAGCAAAAUAGACAAAGUUAUUGACUAUGUUGGGAGAAGAUUACUGAGGCUCCGUGACCUAGGCUUAGCAAUCAAAGAAUUCAAGCUCAUCAUGGACUAUGUAGACCAUAAGUGCAUGGCCCACCAUGUUGAUCUAUGGAUGAAGAUGGCUAUUGAAAGUGGUGGCGAAGUAUUACAUUUACAGCUCCGCCUCCCUGGUUACUAUGUAGGGAGAUACAGUCCGGACAGGCUUUAUGAGCUUCCACUCAGUGUCAUUGAAUCCAAAUCACUUACUAAGUUGGUGUUGAUAGGCGGAAUCAGAGUUGAGCAAGCAUUCCUCACCCAUUCCAUCAAGCUUUACUCAGUGAGAAUAAUAAAACUAUGCAAUCUACUUUUUGCACAUGAAGGGAUUAUAGAGCGUCUCAUUUCUCAUUGUCCUCUAAUUGAAGAUUUAACGGUGGUCGAUUGUGCUGUAUAUAACCCUCCAAUUAGCGGAAUUCCUCAAGUGUUUGCGUUCAGUCUUGUGGAAUCACUAUUCUUGCAUGGUUUACAUAAGCUCAAGAAAGCUUAUGUUCAAGGAAUGCGGGAAGUAUAUAUUGAUGCUCCAAAUCUUGAGAGCUUACGUUAUAAUCUUCAUCAAGAUGCAUCUUUCAAGCUGAAUUUAGAUAGUUGCACAAAUUUGAGAUGGUUGUGCUUAUGGGAUUUGAAGAGCAUUGAUCUUGGAGACAAAUGGUUUCUUGAACUAUUUUCUAAAUUUCCUUUUCUUGAGAGUUUGAAACUAGGCAAUUGCUCUAUGUCUAAGAGGAUUAAUAUUUCAAGUGCUCAACUCAAGGUCUUGAAGUUAUCAUACUGCUCUAACUUGGAGGAGCUUAACAUUGAUGCUCGAAAUUUAUGAUCAUUUGCGUAUGAGGGUGUGGGAAACAACCAACCUGGUAUAUCUUUUCAGAAAAGUUCUAAUCAAUUGGAAGUCAAUAGUUUUUUUACGGUUGUGGAUUUUCGGGACCUUUGUAGCUUGAGGAAAUUUGUCGAAAACAUUAAACCCCAAAAGAUUUGGGCAUCAGUCUCCCUCUUUAUCUGUUGGCCGGUUCUAAUUAAACCAGAGCAGGGUGCAUUGCAAGUUUCAUCUAUUCCUCCAACUAUAAAACGCUUGGAAUUAGAGUUUUCUCCGAAAAAUGAACCUUCCUAUUUCCCUUUUAUGAAUUACUUGCUUUCAAGUUGCUGCCCGAAUUCUAUUUCAUUGAGUUUUCGCUAUUAUGUUCAUAGUAAAGCAUUCAUUGAGUUUUUGUAUGAGACACUGAUGGGAAGAAAGGAAGGGAAGUGCCACUGCAGUUCAAGUAAUACAAAAUGUUGGUGGCAUGCCUUGAAGAUUGUCAAGGUUAUUUGUUCGUUCAAGGUUGAUGAGAACGCUGACUUUAAGACCAUGUUAGAUGCAUUGCCAACAUGUUAUGUUGAUGAAAAUAUUGGUUUUAUCUUAGAAUUGUAAUCUUUCUAGUAUCAACUGAUAGAUAUUCCUUAUUUGGUUUAGAACAUUGGCGUUGCUGCUGUAUUAGGAUAAUUAGUAUGUAUGUACUUAAGCAGGUGCUUACACGUAUAUAUCAAAUGUUCUACAACAUUUUCUC